AAUUUUUUAUUUUUUUGGUUUUUUUCUUAGAAUAGGACUCUUAUUAUGUUAUAUGCCAUUUACAUACAGAUUUAUACAAUCAGUAUUUUGUUGUAGUUUUGUAGUAAAAGUACAAAAUCAGCAGCGAAAGAAAAACCCAAAUAAAAUAAAAUCAUCAAAAAACUUGCAGUCGUCACCGUUCAUUUUCCUUUCAAAUUCGCCGGCGACCGGAACCCUCAAAUUUUUAGGAAUCAGCCUUUGCCGUAAGUGACAAAAAUGCUAGAAGAUUCUAUUUAAGGUGAAUUUAGUUGUGUUUGGUAGUCCUAAAAUAGGAUAUGGAGGCGCGUCCUACUUUAUCCGUCCAGAGGGCGGGCGCGCAUCAACUCAGUAAUUUUGGAGCAUCAGGAGCUCAUUCUUCAUUACCCGUGCUUCCAGCAAGUUUGGAGGACAAAUAUCCUAUGUUGCCGAGGGCUGUCCUUUCUUCAUUGCCUUCAAACAGUGGGGCGGUCGGUCAUUUGUUGUCCUCAUCAUCAGGAUUCUCUACCAAUCUUCACUUUUCAUCUGUUCUUCCUCAUGAAGAGCAUUCUGCACCUAUACCUUUCAUUUCUCAGUCAACAAAUAAUGAGGCAUUAAUCCCAUUAGCUAAUUCCGGAGUUCUUCAAUCUGCAGCAUCAAGCCAGUAUCUUAAUGAAAAUAAUGAACCCUGGUGUACAGCGCCAUUGCCUGAUUACCUUGAUUACUCGUUAAAUACCCCCGUCCACAACACUCAACUAGAUUGUAGCAAUACAGGUGAUUGUCGCAUCCCAUCUGAGGAUCUUAGUAAACAAAGUGAUUGGCCGGAAUGGGCUGACCUUGUAAUGAAUGAUGAUGAUGCUCUGACUUCUAACUGGAACGACAUCAUGUUAGAUACUAGCAUUGCUGAUGCCGAGCCAAAGAUGCAAUAUCAGGAACAAAAACAACCAUCAAAUUUCCCAGUACACCAAGGCCAACCAUUGCAGCAAAUUCCUACUGCAUCUGUAGAAACAUCUGCCAUUGUUCCUGCAUCAUCCACUGCAAGUGGUGCUUCAUCGAAGCAACGAAUGCGUUGGACACCAGAACUUCAUGAAGCGUUUGUGGAAGCAGUCAACAAACUUGGUGGAAGUGAAAGAGCUACUCCCAAGGGUGUGCUGAAGUUAAUGAAAGUUGAAGGUUUGACCAUUUAUCACGUAAAAAGCCAUUUGCAGAAAUAUCGAACAGCUAGAUAUAAACCAGAAGCAUCGGAGGGGUCCUCUGAGAAGAAAGAGUCAUCUGUUGGCGAUUUGUCAGCUCUGGACUUAAAAACGGGUAUUGAGAUCACUGAAGCAUUGCGGUUACAGAUGGAAGUUCAGAAACAGCUGCAUGAACAACUUGAGAUUCAAAGAAAUCUGCAGCUGCGUAUAGAAGAACAAGGGCGAUAUCUCCAGGAGAUGUUUGAAAAGCAAUGCAAGUCGAUUCCGAGUAUUGAGUUGGUAAAGGCCUCAUCAUCCAUAGCUGAUGCCUCUGCCCAGUCGACAGAUGCAGUUCAACGCUCCUCAAACAAAAAUGAUCCAGGAGUGCCACCAGGCAAUCCUCAAGAAGCAGGAGAUUAUGUAACUCAAAAGGUGGGGGAGAAGCAGAAAGAGCAAGAACGAGAAGAACUUGAAAAUCCUGAGACAAAUAUUUCAAGCUCAUCAAAUACACCACCAACGAAGCGUGCUAAACUGGAUGAAUAAUCUUAUGCAGUUCGCAAACCUUUUGGUAGGAUAUUAAGUUCCUAUUGAUGUUUGGAACAUCAAAUUCUUGAGUAAACCAGCUUUAACAUUUUUGGUAUCCCUCCCAUAGAUUAUUCAGACGGGCCUGGUUUGUCCUCUGCUUCAAGAUACAUGAUAAAGAAAUAUCAGGAUUUUCCUUUUGUAUUGUUAAUAUAUGGUGUUUUUAAGAGUUAUUCUUGGAAGAAUUGAGGAACUAUAGAUGGUCUUUAAAGCUUAUUUGUAGCACUCCUGGUGUCUA